AAAUUUCCCCGGGCCUUUGAUGAACCAUCGCCGUGGCCAGGACUAGGUGAUGCGGCCUUUCCAACCGCCUCAAAGUGACUUUACGUUGGACGGUGACUCCGGGCUCAAUAUGCAGCUUGCUGGUGGCGCAAUGCCACAGGGCAGUCUCAUGCAGGGCCCUGGGCCCGGAUUCUUGGGCCAGCCCUUCAUGACGAGUCCAGGGAAUAUGCCUGGCAACAUGCCUGGCAUGCAGCAAAACGUUCCCCAAGGUAGCGGUGUUGGCACUAUGAGUGGCAUGGGCCCCGUGCCAGGCAUGCCGCAGGCAAAUUUGCCCACAAACCUGGGGCAGGUGCAACUGCCGGCGACACAGGGGCCAUUGCUAGGGAAUUUCAACCAACUGCAAUCAGCUCAAGGACGCACAGAGCCCGAAAGUCGUGGGGCACCAGGCAAUAUGACCAUGCCCAACCUGGGCAUGAUGCCCAUGUGGCCUGAUGGGCAACGUCCGGAGCCGCCCCGGCAGAUGGCGCCCAACAUGCAGCAACCCUGCGGGAAUUUGGGAGAAGGCAACCAGAUUGGACAACAAAUGGCCAUCUUGGCUGGUGGUUUGCCACCACCUUCAGGUCAAGUCAUGGGUGCUUUCUGUGCACAGUUGCUGGGAGGUAACCCGCCUCAGAUGGGUGGUGAUCAAUUGCCUCGUCCUCCCGACAAGGGUCCUGAGCCCGGACCUGGCAUGGACGCUUUGCGUCAGCCGUGGAUGCUCCAGGAGCUUGCCAAUGCCGCCAUGAUCCGUGACCUGGACACUGGCGGUCCUGGCAACCUGCCCCAGCCCGGCCCUGGUGGCCCAACGAACCCACGCGGACCACUGAUGCCAGAGCAGAUGCCGCAGAACACGCAGAGCAACCAGCCCCUGCUGUCACUGCAACAGCAGCAGCAGUUGAUCCUCCAGCAGCUGCAAACCUCGCAGCCAGGUACAGCUGGUCUCCCCUCUCAGCUGGGCUUUUGCGGCAUGGGUGACUUGCCGCAGCCCGGCAAUCCCCCUGGAGGGGCUGGGGCGCCGUCACCUGCGCCGGCGCCCGGAGGAUCUAUGCCGCAGUUCCAGAACCAACAGCUGCGGAUGCAAGGUGGCAUGCAGAACUUUCCCAUGAACCCUGACUACCAGGAUGUCAGCUCUCAACUCCAACAGCUCCAAGACUUUGAGGAUAAGAGCCGUCGCCUCUACCAACCUGGGCCUGGUGCUGGAAAUUUCUAUGCAAGUCCAGACUUGGGAAUGCGUAUGGACGAUGACUUGCAACAAGGGCUCUUCAUGGAUGGACUGCGAGGCUUGACGGCCAAGGGCGGCAAGGCUGGGAAACCUGAUGAGAAGCUGGGACAAUGCCCUUUGGGCGGAAAGUUGGGGUCGGUUGAUCGUGGAGAUGAGUUGCGAGCACCCUUGGGUGGCAAGGGAGGAAAGAAAGGUUCGAAAGACAAUCGUCCAGGCCUUGGUCUCACCGGCACUGGGCCCAGUGGUCCCAGCGGACCACGGGACGGGAAGGGCAAGUCUGCAAAGGGCGGAGGGGAAGCUUCCUUCACCACAUCGGGCAUCGGUAAGAUGCGGUAUGGCAACAGCCCCAACAAGCUCUUCAUUGGUAACCUCUCCUUGGACGUGACCAGUGAUGACCUUAUUGAGGCCCUGAAGCCUGCGGGCGAGGUCUUGGGUGUGCGGCUACGGCAAGGCCGUUACUCGAGCAUUGCCUUUGCCGAGUUCAAACACUCCGGGUGUGUGGACAUCGCUGUUCGCACGCUCCAGGGCUUGGUCAUCAAGGGACGACCUGCCAGGAUGGAAUUCCAAUCUGGAAAGAACGAACGGCCUGAGGAGGACAAUGAGCCCCGCGAAAAGGGAAAGGGUGGCGGCAAGGGCAAGAAUCGCGGUGGAAAAGGAGGUCCCAAGGGCAAGGAUGCCCCGCAGGGUCCUCGGCAACCUGGCCCGGUGCCUCCUGGCCCAAUGGCUGGCACUUUGCCUCCGCGAUUGCCUGUGGCCGCACCCGCAGCACCUGAGGCCUGAGGGGUUCACACUGACAAUGUUCAAGAAGCUUGCGCAGUGACCAGCAGAC